CAAGUUUUCAUUUUAUACACAUUUUAUUUCAUACAUCUAGAUUUCUUAUCCCAAUUAUGUUUCUCUUUUUCUCUCUCUACACCUUCAAAAAUCAAAAGUUCCUUGUUGCUCAUCAAGGGGUGUUAUGUUAGAUGAUUUGAAAAGAUAGGGUCAAAUCAACAGAAGUUCCCCUAUUUUGAUCUGUUCGCAGUUGGGAUGGAAUUGCAGGUGAUUUGAGCCUGACACAGAGCUUUCCCGCUUAUAAGGUGAAGACACUUAUACAAUAAAAUCCCAAAGAUAGAUAGAAAACAUAGAUCACAAACACACACAUGUUGUGACAGUAGUAGUGCUAGUGCAGCAGAGACGAUCAUGAACCACGUGCACACUCUAAUUUCCAUCACACAGGAUCUUUUGUGUGAAGAAGACUAGAAAACCAGCUUCAAUUAUCGAGAAUUGUUUGAUGGGUUGAUCAAAAAUCGCUCUCCAAACCAGAUUCGUAACACUGAAAGUGUGAACAAGUAACAAAGCAAGAGAAAAUUAUCUCCGAUGGCGACAUAUUUUCAUAGUAACUCCGAAAUUCAAGCCGGCGCUGACGGCCUUCAAACUCUCGUACUAAUGAACCCCGGCUACGUCCAAUACUCCGACACGCCGCCACCGCCGCACGGCGGAAACCUCGUAUUCCUCAACUCGGCCGCCGGCAAUGCCUCCCUACAAAACCUCUCACACGCGCCGCCACCUCACACGCAGCAAUUCGUCGGCGUGCCGCUAUCUGCCGCCGCCGCGCACGAACCUCCGCCGCCGCCGGCGUCCAUGCACCACGACGUUUCCGCCCUGCAUGGCUUCCUGCCGCGCAUGCAGUACAGCCUCUGGAACACAAUUGACCCCAACGCGGCGGCGCGUGAGGCUCCACGCGCCACCCAGGGGUUGUCGCUGAGCCUGCACGGGGAGGAGGUGCGCGCGUCUCCGUCGUUGGCUUCCGGGGCCUCCAACGGCGGCGGCGUGGCGGGGAUUCAGAGCGUGCUGUUGAGCUCCAAGUACUUGAAGGCCACGCAGGAACUUCUGGACGAGGUUGUUAAUGUUAACAGCGGAAUUAAGGUAGAACAAACGAAGAAGCUGUGCUUCGAGAAAACUAAGGUUGUGGGAGAAUCAUCAACCGCCGCUAGUGGUGGUGACGGUUCUGUUGGUGGAGAGGGAAGUGGGAAGCGCAGCUCUGAAUUGUCAACUACGGAGAGACAAGAAAUUCAGAUGAAGAAAGCCAAGCUAAUCAACAUGCUUGAUGAGGUGGAGCAAAGGUACAGGCAGUACCACAGCCAGAUGCAGAUUGUGAUAUCCUCUUUCGAGCAAGCUGCUGGGAUAGGCUCAGCGAGGACGUACACUGCUCUAGCAUUGCAAACAAUUUCAAAGCAAUUUCGGUGUCUGAAGGAUGCAAUAACGGGGCAAAUCAGAGCUGCAAACAAGAGUUUGGGGGAAGAGGAUUGCUUUGGUGCUAAAAUUGAAGGGUCUAGGCUCAAAUAUGUGGAUCAUCAUCUAAGGCAACAGAGAGCUAUUCAACAAUUGGGAAUGAUCAAUCACAAUGCUUGGAGACCCCAGAGAGGAUUGCCUGAGAGAUCGGUUUCUGUUCUGCGUGCUUGGCUCUUUGAACACUUUCUCCACCCUUAUCCCAAGGACUCGGACAAACACAUGCUUGCAAAACAAACAGGGCUCACCAGAAGCCAGGUUUCAAAUUGGUUCAUAAAUGCUCGAGUUCGGCUUUGGAAGCCAAUGGUGGAGGAAAUGUACUUGGAGGAGAUGAAAGAUCAUGAACUAAAUGGUUCUGAGGAGAAAUCAAGCAAGAAUGGUGAAGAUCCUGCUACAAAAACAUCAACUCCACAAGAGAAACGUGCUGCCUCUGAAAUUGAAUCCAAAAGUUUCAAUUCCAAACAAGAUGUUUCCAAAAACCAGAACACUCCUAUAGUUUCAACUUCUCCACCAUCAACAUCACCUGUAGGGGGAAGUGUUAAGAACCAAUCAGGAUUCAGUUUCAUGGGGUCAUCAGAACUUGAUGGAAUCACACAAGGAAGUCCUAAAAAGCCAAGGAACCAUGAAAUUCUACGCUCUCCAAACCGUGUCCCUUCAAUCAACAUGGAUGUGAAAGCCAAUGAGGCAAACAAUGAGCAACAACUCUCUAUGGAUCUUGAGAGGCAGAAUAGGGAUGGCUACACUUUCAUGGGGAACCAAACAAACUUCAUUAGUGGUUUUGGACAAUACCCUAUGGAGGAAAUUGGUAGGUUUGAUGCUGAGCAAUUCACACCAAGGUUUUCAGGUAAUAAUGGAGUUUCCCUCACUCUUGGUCUUCCUCAUUGUGACACAUUGUCAGGAACACACCAAAGUUUUCUCCCAAACCAAAACAUUCAAUUAGGAAGAGGGUUGGACAUUGGUGAACCAAACCAGUUUGGUGCAUUGAAUAAUUCCACUUCUCACUCUUCAGCAGCAUUUGAGAGCAUCAACAUGCAGAACCCAAAGAGGUUUGCUGCACAAUUGCUACCAGACUUUGUGGCCUAAAUAAGACAUCGAAGAGGGGAUAAGAUCAUAGUUGGUGACAUUGGUUAUAUGGGUCUCUCUCAUAUUUUCUUCUAAUCCAUGUGCUUGUUUCUUGGGGAGUAGUGAUAAAUCUUAGUGUAAAGAAAGAAGGAAUUUUACUCUAGUAUAGGUUUAUACCUUGCAUAGAACCAUUUGAGUUCUUAGAUAGCUUAGCGAUUUGAAAGUAUAUGGUUAUUUGAGGUUGUAUAUUAUUUUUGUAAUUUUUUGAAAAUGGGAUAGAUGGGUUGGUGUCAUAAAAUUUCAAUUGGUAAAGAUUAUAAUAUAUCUUCGAUUGAGAGCAUAUGCCAUAUGCAUGUAAUAA